AAAAGUUUGGAAGGAAUCAAGGAAGACGAAGAGGAGGAGCAGCUGCCCUCCACUCACUCACUGUCUCCCACUCUCCCCCGGUCACCAUUACCAACCUGCUCGUCCUGACUGACUGAACCAUCUCCUCCUCUAGUCCCCCGGACUCGGGAACUCCCCCGCAAGAUCAGUUCUUGGACGGAUUUCGGGGUCUCGAGAGUUUCUUGUGGCUUGAUCUGCUCCGAGAAUUAUUGUAUUUCUUGGCUGCGAUCUCUCUCUGUGUGCGGGGUUGAUUCCAGGUACUGGUUCUUCGAUUCUUUGAUCCCAGCAGACAAGUCCUCCUCGCUCCGUAGCUCGUCUUCCUCCUCGCGCGAGCGCCGCCACCCCAUCGCGCUGCCGAGCGCCGCCAGCCCCCUAGCUCGUCUUUCUCCUCGCGCGAGCGCCUCCACCGCAGGUUGAUCUCCCCUUCGAUUCUCUCUCUCGCGCGCGACCGUUUCUCCUCCAAUCACCCCACGAACGGAUUCCGACCUUUAGCUCCCCGUUUCAUCUUCCCCAAUUCAUAACUGAGGCCAAAAUUAAGGUAGGGCGGCCGCCCGUGCUUGAUCUUGGUAAUCUCCGUUAAACCUUACCAAUCAGCUGGGAGAUGGCAUAUUCUGGACAAAGGCAUGGCGGUGCCGGGAGCUCGUCGCGGCAGGGCAAUGGCUCUAAGGGUCAGGGCAGCUCAGUUGAGUUCCUAGGAAGGGGGAUGGUGGGUAUGCAGCUGAGGGAUGCCAAGCCAGAUGCUGAUGAUGAAAAGGACAUUGAGCCAGAUGUGGUCGCUGAUUCUGGUGCUGAAGCUGGUCACAUCAUUGCAACCACAAUCCGUGGCCGAAAUGGUGUGCCUAAACAGUCGGCCACUUACAUUGCUGAACAUGUGGUUGGAACUGGUUCUUUUGGGGUUGUGUAUCAGGCCAAAUGUCGAGAAACAGGAGAAAUUGUUGCCAUAAAAAAGGUUCUUCAAGAUAAGCGGUACAAGAAUCGGGAAUUGCAAAUAAUGCAUAUGCUUGACCAUCCUAACAUUGUUGGUCUUAAGCAUUACUUCUUCUCAACCACCGAAAGGGAUGAGCUUUAUCUCAAUCUUGUCCUUGAGUUCGUUCCAGAGACAGUAAACCGGAUGGCAAGACAGUACAACAGAAUGAAUCAACGGGUGCCCCUCAUUUAUGUCAAACUAUACACUUAUCAGAUAUGCCGAGCACUUGCAUAUAUACAUAACUGUGUUGGCAUCUGCCACCGUGAUAUCAAACCACAGAACGUUCUUGUUAACCCACAUACACACCAGCUCAAAAUCUGUGAUUUUGGCAGUGCAAAAGUCCUGGUCAAAGGAGAGCCAAAUAUCUCCUACAUAUGCUCAAGAUAUUACCGUGCACCAGAGCUAAUAUUUGGUGCAACUGAAUAUACUUCUGCCAUUGAUUUGUGGUCCACAGGCUGUGUCAUGGCAGAGCUGCUUCUCGGACAGCCUCUUUUCCCUGGGGAAAGUGGAGUUGAUCAGCUGGUUGAGAUUAUCAAGGUCUUGGGUACUCCAACAAGGGAAGAGAUCAAGUGCAUGAAUCCAAACUACACGGAGUUCAAGUUCCCACAAAUUAAGGCUCAUCCAUGGCACAAGGUUUUCCAAAAGAAGCUUCCAGCUGAAGCAUUGGACCUUGUUAGCAGGUUUCUACAAUACUCACCAGAUCUUCGGUGCACUGCUAUGGAAGCCUGCAUGCACCCAUUCUUCGAUGAGUUGAGAGAUCCAAACACUCGCCUGCCCAAUGGACGUCCUCUGCCUCCUCUCUUCAACUUCAGAUCUCAAGAGCUUAACGGCAUCCCUCCGGAGGUCAUCGAGCGCCUGGUUCCAGAGCACGCGCGGAGGCAGAGUCUGUUCAUGGCGCUUCGCACCUAGUUUACGCGUGUCUUUUUCUGUUGUUUGUUACUUCGAGGGAGGCUUGUAAAGCUGUAGCUUCUCCUGUCCCAUCUCCUUCUAUUUCUUCGUCUGGUGGAGCUAGAUUUGUGUGGUGACAGGCACUGUGUUAGUAGAGCUGUCCAGGGUUGUGAGGUCUGGAGGAGGAAGGGGCUUGUGCUUGGUGUGCAGCUGGUUUGUUUGAGGCUUCUGAAGUUCCUUGCUUUGGGGCUUUGUGUGCAGCAGUGACAGUGCUUGGAUGAGUUAAUCGUGGUUUCAUGAUGCAA